UGCAGUCACAAUCGCGGUCACACUGGUCAUAGGCAAUAAGAAAAAAAAACUCCACGGCACGGUCGUUCAAUUAAGUUAAUUUUUCUAAGUAAACAUACAAGUGCAGAUACUCCGUGCGCAUCCAAGCGAUCGUAAAACUGACCACGCCGCAGUUGAUAAACGCAAAUCAUAGACGCGCUUCGUAGUUGCGCCAGCAUCGCGCUCCACGUGUGAAAAUAGCCAGGAAAAGCGAACACACAAACGGACACACACGCACACGCGCGCAUACGUCAAGUACACGUACACAAAUGCGCGCGAGGGAAAAGCGCUAGGUCAGAGGAAAGUGAAAAGUGAAAAGCGUGAGGAGAGCGCGACGACGCAGGAAUCGGACGACGUAACCAGGUGGGGGAAAAUGGCGCUGCUCGCCUACCGGGACAAGCACAUCCUGAGUGCCCAGCAGCUGAGGAAGCUCAGCGAACACAAGUACUCCUGCUUCAGUGUCAGCCUGCUCGAUCCGCUGCUGCAGCCGUGGUGGAACUGGCUGGUCGCCCAGACGCCCCUUUGGCUGGCCCCCAAUCUCAUUACCAUCGUGGGACUGAUCCUCAAUGUGGUCACCACCCUGAUAUUAAUCUGUUAUAGCCCAAAUGGCGUUGAGGCUCCGCCGCGUUGGACCUGCUUGCUCUGCGCGCUGGGUUUGUUCAUCUACCAGAGUCUGGACUCCAUCGACGGGAAGCAGGCGCGACGCACGAAUACCUCAUCGCCGUUGGGCGAACUUUUCGACCAUGGCUGUGACUCCAUAUCGACGGUGUUUGUGGCCCUCUCGGCGUGCAUCUCCUGCCAACUGGGCCACUAUCCCAACUGGCUGUUCUUCCAGUGCUUCUGUGCUAUUGCGCUCUUCUACUGCGCCCACUGGCAGACGUAUGUGUCUGGAACGAUGCGGUUCGGCAGAAUUGAUGUGACAGAGGCUCAGUUCUCAAUUAUAGCCAUUCAUUUGGUUUCGGCUGCACUGGGUCCUGAGAUCUGGCUCACCAAGCUGCCGCACUUCAACUGCGAAUCGCGAUUUCUGCCAAUUUAUGUGGCCUGCGGCGUUGAUUUGAUUCUAGCACUGCGCUACACGAAAUGCAUUUUGACCGAAGGUUGCGGCAAGAACGGAUCAUCGGUUGCUGGCACCAGUGUCCUCUCGCCCAGCAUUCCGCUCACGCUGGUGGUGCUGCCCGCCCUGAUGAUUGCCCAGAAGUCGCCGCAGAACCUCUUCACCGAGCACGCAUCGGUGUACAUCAUGGCGUUCGGCAUGGUGGCCGCCAAGGUCACCAAUAAGCUGGUGAUCGCUCACAUGACCAAGGCGGAGAUGGAGUAUCUGGACUGGUCGCUGCUCGGCCCCUCGCUGCUGUUCCUCAACCAGUACUUCAACUGCAUCGUGCCAGAGAUCUGGCUACUGUGGUUCACGCUCAUCUGGGGCACCCAGGAUCUGCUGCGCUACUGCGCCCAGGUGUGCCUCGAGAUUUGCCAGCACCUGCGCAUCGAUCUCUUCCGGAUACCGUACACGCCCAAAGGCGCGACCCCGCAUCCAGCCACCGCAUCGGUGAGCAGCCAGAGCAACUUUGGCAGCAGUGCGGACAAGAACGGUGGCAGCGCGCAUCGAAAGUCGAAGAGCAAACCGCACUAGGCUCCGGUUAUGCGCUACAUUAAUUAGUAAUUUUACAAAUUUACGUCGUUAGAACCGAGGGAUACUCGUAGAAGCAGGCGAAGUGGGAGCGCAAUUAAUACAAACCAAACCCAACAAAAUUCACCGUCGAUGUUUUGGCUAAAUAAACAUAACCAAAACCACUGAGAAACAACCAAACGAAAUGAAACUAAACAAUAAAGCAGAUAGUGAAGUUAGCGAAAGGGCGAAGCAAGAUGUGGCUCCUACAUUUUAGGAUAUAGUUUACAACGCGUCGUUGUAGCAAAGAAGGCAAAGUGGCUAAGGCUGCUGGGAGACAGAACUGUUGCAGUCUCCGGAUAUCAAUUAUAUGGCUAAAUAUUUAAAGAAAAUAAAUACCUAUAUUUUGUAUGAUUGUGUAAGUUGUAAUAUAUCUAGACAGCAGUACUUUUACUGCGCCCAAUUAACACAUGUGCAAAUGCCAAAAAGAAAGCAGAGCCGCCAGCCAGAAAAUAGCUUGACGAAAGCUCAACUUACGUUUAAGUCCUGUAACCACCCAUUGGCAAUCGAUCCAUCCCACGAAAGACAGCAGAUCAAGUGCGAGCGCAGUUGCCACAUUCAGUUGAGGCCAGUAUCUAAACUAUCUAUCUAUUCAUGUUACUCGUUUAAGUGCUUAGUUCUCUAUACAUCGAGGUCGUCCGAUGGGCCGCGACAUUCUAAAUGGUGACUCAUUUCAAAAAGCGCACUACCUACCUUGGACUAGGCCCAUAAUUUAAGUGCGUUUCGCGUGACUACAUCUUAUGCAUCCUAAUCCUAGCUGAAACCCUAUGUUUGUAGCUCGCACGGCGCUGGCCGGCAACUUUAUAGUUAAACUAUUAUGGAUUAUGUUUUAUGUUGUACAUGAAAAUGGAGACGAAGCAAGCAGCAAGAACUAGAAAUAAAACGAAAUGCUAUACGU